AUGACCUCCAUCACCCGCGCCUUGCGGCCUCUGUCACGGACCAUUCCUUCGGUCCGCGUGGCCUCCAAACGCCUAGCUCCAACCCGACCAGUGCAGAGCGCCUAUGCAUUCUCAACCACCACCCACCGGCGGGAUGUCGAUCUCUCGCACCUGACGCCCACGCCCAUCACCCUGUUGUCCGACACGGAAUCGCUAAUGGCCGACUCGGUGUCCAAGUUCGCAGCAGAGCAAAUCGGCCCGAAAGUGCGGGACAUGGACGAAGCCGAGACGAUGGAUGCAGCGGUGGUGGAGCAGCUCUUCGAGCAGGGCCUGAUGAGCGUCGAGGUGCCGGAGGAGUUCGGCGGCGCGGGCAUGAACUUCACGGCGGCGAUUGUCGCCAUCGAAGAGCUGGCGCGCGUCGACCCCAGCGUCAGCGUGCUGGUCGACGUCCACAACACGCUGGUCAACACCGCCAUCAUGAAGUACGGCGACGCCCAGGCCCAGCGCACCUGGCUCCCCAAGUUGGCGACCGGCACGGUCGGCUCGUUCUGUUUGUCGGAGCCUGCGUCGGGGUCGGAUGCCUUUGCGCUGCAGACUAAGGCGGAGAAGACCGCUGAUGGCUAUAAGCUGAAUGGUUCUAAGAUGUGGAUUACCAACGCUAUGGAGUCCGGUAUCUUUAUUGUCUUUGCCAACCUUGACCCCAGCCAGGGGUAUAAGGGUAUCACUGCUUUCAUUGUCGAGAAGGAUACCCCUGGCUUCUCGGUUGCCAAGAAGGAGAAGAAGCUCGGUAUCCGUGCUAGCAGCACCUGUGUGCUUAACUUUGACGACGUCGUCAUCCCCAAGAGCAAUCUACUCGGCGAGGAGGGCCAGGGCUACAAGUACGCCAUCAGCGUGCUGAACGAGGGCCGGAUUGGAAUUGCGGCCCAGAUGACCGGUCUGGCGCUCGGUGCCUGGGAGAAUGCCGCCAAGUACGUCUGGAACGACCGCCGCCAAUUCGGCCAGCUUAUUGGCAACUUCCAGGGCAUGCAACACCAGCUUGCCCAGGCCUACACGGAGAUUGCCGCCGCCCGCGCUCUGGUGUACAAUGCGGCGCGCAAGAAGGAGGCCGGCCAGGACUUUGUGCAGGACGCCGCGAUGGCCAAGCUCUACGCCUCGCAGGUCGCCGGCCGCGUGUCCGGUUCCGCUGUUGAGUGGAUGGGCGGCAUGGGCUUUGUGCGCGAGGGCAUCGCAGAGAAGAUGUUCCGCGAUAGUAAGAUUGGCGCCAUCUACGAGGGGACCAGCAACAUCCAGCUACAGACGAUUGCCAAGCUGCUGCAGAAGCAAUAUACAGCAUAA